CUUCAGUUGUCGCAUCUGACCCCUGCCACAGAAUGUCUUGGUUUUCGCGAUUCAGCGGGUCGAGCUGCAAGGCACAUCUUAAGAUGACAGUCAACAGAGGUGAGAGCAGCAUAGACAGACAUCGACACACACGCUGAGAUCAGAGGCAGGCACGGCGUCGGCAUUUGUGUCUGUGUGUGUGUGUUUGUGUGUGUCGUGCGUCAGCCAAGCUGUCUCAGAACAAGCUGGAGAACAACAAGAAGGCGCUGCGUCGCGAGAUGGCCCAUCUGCUUCGCGAGGAUAAGGAGGAGAAGGCCCGCAUCAAGGCCGAGCAGUUCCUCCAGGAUCAGAAGAUGGAGUGCGCUUUGGACAUACUCGAAACCAUGUGCGACCUGCUCGCCACACGGAUGGUGAGUGAGCAUCACCCCAGCAACAGACAGACAGCUGUCGUGUGCGCCUACUUGACGGCGUGUGCACCGUCGAUGUGAUGUGUGUCAGCGCUACAUCGAGAGUGAGAAGGACUGCCCCUCUGACCUCUCGGGCACCAUUGCCUCCGUCCUCUACUGCGAGAAACGGGCAGGCAUCGACGAUUUGGCAGAGGUUCGGAAGCAGUUUGAGAUCAAGUACGGGCGUGAGUUCGUCGAGACGGCAGCCGACAACAAGAACCAGGAGGUACACUUCAAGUUGGUGCAGCUGCUGAGCGUCAUGCCGCCCGCCGAGCAUGAGGUCGUCAAGGUCCUCAAGGACGUCGCUGCAGAGUACGACGUACAGUGGAACGCACCACCUGAACCCGCUGAGGUAAGACAAGACAGACACGCAGGCAGGCAGGCAGGCGGGGAGAGAUGGAGGGCUACCAUCGUUACGCAUGUGUGUGUGCAUGUGUGUGUAUCGGUGUCAUCCAUCAAUAAUCCAUCAGCCGUCAUUAUCUGACUUCAAUGACAUGGUCCACGAGGCCACUGAGGGGGGAGACGCAUUCGUCCCAAGGGUACGGGGAGUGAGUGGAACAGCCAGGCAGGCAGGCAGCCCAGGCAGACACUCUUCGCGGCCUUCGCUCUCACCAUUAAUCCGUGACAUCUCCGUAUGUCCUUGUUUCGCCUGUGUGUGCUGUGGUGUGCAGCCGUCAGCUCCAGGUCCGUAUGGAUACCCCUUCCCAGUGCAGGUGCAGGGCGGCAUGCCCAUGGCGGUGCCGUACCCCCCAUACCCGCCACAGCAGCAGCAGCAGCCGGUGCCCUCUGGGAUGCCCCAAGGGGCCCAGCCCUCCAUGCCCCCGCCGUACAAGUCAUUCGUCGGAGCCGCCGGACAGUUCCCCAGCAUGCCACCACCACCACCAGGUCUGACAGGAGUGCUUAUCCCCCUUACGGAUGGAUCGAUGCUCUUCACACGUGUGUGUGUGUGUCUAUCAUUGGCUGGCCAUGUCAGGUCCUCCGGCAAUGAUGGGUGGUGGUCCGGGUGGGGGUGUUUCCGAUGCGUCAGCGGCCUCAGCAACGCUGCAGGACAAGAUGGCCUACCACGACAGCCACCCCAUGCCACCCAAUGUGACACCACAGCCAUCACCGUCGCCGUUCCCCGCCAGCAGCGACUCGGCAGCACCACCCCCCAGUGGGAAUGUGAGCGGCGCACCACCACCCGUGCAGACGAUGCAGCCCCCCGCAGGUGCACAGGAGCCAGAGAGCCAGGUGGCUGUCAACGGCGGCUUCCCCCCCUUUGUGGCGGGGCCCCAGAAGCCCUACGGAGAGGUCAGUGGCAGGCAGGGUGGGGGGGCGAUGUGUGCAGUGCAAAGGUGGGACGGCGUGGGUGGAUCUCUGUGUGUGUUGCUGUGGUGUGGUGUGGUGUGUGCAGGACACGCAGGGUGGCGGCAAUGACGCAUAUGACCUGAACCAGAGGAUACAGAAUCUGCGCAGAUAGAUAGAUAGGUGCUGGACAGACAAGACAGCCCAAUCGUAUGCGUUGAGUGAGUGAGUGAGCUGAGCAGGAAGGGUGGGUGGGUGGAAGAAGGGAAGGAGGGAGGCAGGAGAAGGAAGACAGUGAGUGGCGCGGGUUUGGUCACAAGGAAGGAACAUCGUUGUCUGUCUGUAUGUAUGACUGAUGACUCUUUCGCGAGCUAGUGGAGAGCUCCACUUGUGUGGUCUCUUUGUCUGCGUCGUUUGUCCCUCUCGCGCCUGCUCUGGCUGGAGACCUGUUCGUGUGCGACACAGGCCCCCACACAGAGCAGGAGCGUGGGCGACAGACGACGCAGACGACGCUAAGAAAUGUGUGGCACACACAGGUGUGCGCAUCGCACGAGUGAGUGAGUGAGUGUGUGUGGCUUUUUUGCGCUCUCGAGUGAGUGAGCCAACGAGCGGGCACUUUGGUUUGCUCAAGGGACAG